UCCUGUAAAUAAUAUAUCUCAUAGCUGUAGCGUUACACUGUAUGAUUUUACGUAUUUCCCGUGGAGAACAGGUUCACCUAAAUGCUGUUAGCAUACUGUGGAGGGUGGCAGUCCUCUGCCGGCCUGCUUUGUAGUUCAUUAGCUGGCGAGGCUAACUUUAGCGUGAUACUUGGCUGUUUAGGACGCUAGCAUUAGCUAGCAAUUGAGCUAAUCAGAGGUUAUCACGGGAGGAAUCGCUCUUGUUGUCAGAGGCCUGUAUCUAAUUAAGAUGGACAUUUGAAAUGACAGUCACCUCUGACAUCUAAUUGAACUAACGCGUAUCAAAGACCACAGGUCAAGCUUGCCUUGACAUUGGACCUCCUGCCUAGCAUGCAGCCAUGAGCUCUGCCCUGUGGAGCCAGGAGAAGCCCGGUGGGGGCUUCAGGGAGGACUGGCGCUUCUACAUGGUGGUGAAGGAGUGUACGGUGGAGAAGCCUCCCCAGAAGACCCUGAGGAUCCCCCGAGGAAGCCUCGGCCAGGCCUGCCAGGAGCGCAACAGCUUGGGGCGCACACUCCCCCCUUGCAAGGGCAAGAAAAGUCUCCGUAUUCUGGACCAGACCAAUGUGGUGCUGAGCCUGGAUGAGCGGGACGUCCUGGAGCUGGACGAGAAACUGGCUGAGCUGCUGUUUCCUAUUACCAACUGUGAGGAGCGAUAUGCCCUGCUCUGUAACAAGAUUCGACUAGAGCGCGUCCGUGAUAUUGACUGUGGUUCUAAGGUGCGUGUCCAGCUGCGCUCAGGAGAUGACUCUCUGCCUGGUGUGGUCCGCUUUAAGGGCUCGCUGCUCCCUGACAGAGCCCUCUCUGGAAUCUGGUUUGGAGUUGAGCUGCUGGAGGAGGGCCGGGGCCAGGGCUUCACGGAGGGCUCCUACCAGGGCCGCCAACUUUUCCGCUGUGAGGAUGAGUGCGGCGUGUUUGUGGCACUGGACAAACUUGAACUCUGGGAAGAUGAUGAUGACGACAACCUGGGCAAGCUGGAGGUGGACCACGUUAAUUUGGUGGAAGAGGACCAGGACUACCCUCCACUGGAGAUCAACUCUAGGGUCCUAGUGCAGACCAGGGAGGGACCAGAGAGAGGCACCAUCAUUUUUUGUGACUUGCUGCCAGGCAAUGAGAGCCUGGGUUACUACGUGGGAGUUGACAUGGACAAUCCUAUCGGGGACUGGGAUGGUGUGUUUGACGGGAAGCUGCUGUGUAAUUUUGCCAGUUUGGAGCACACUCGACUCGUCCCCAUCUGUGACGUAAUGCCAGAAUAUUCCAUGCAGGAACAAAGGCUGCAAAAGCACAGUUUUGCCCCCAGAGGCACCAACAGUGACAAGUCGUCCUCUGGCCAAAGCAAACCAAAGAGCAAAGUUGGGGAGGACCCUGCCAAGUCACUUACUGACACCCCCCCAGACUUCAACCAGUCCUCACCGCCCUCCAGGGCCCCACCCUCUGGCUCGUUGUCCAGUGACAACAAGUUCCACUCUCUGCCCUUCAGCUUGAACCGGAAGACUGGGCCCAUUGACAGCAUGAGUCAUGGGCCUCUCUCCCUGUCUGUGCAGUCAGUGAUGGGAGAGCAGCCCGAGCCCCCAUCACCUGCUGCACCUCCCUCGCCGCGGCCGCCGACACCUCCCCGAGGUCAGCCAGGUCUAGAGGUGGGCUCUUUAGUGGAGGUGAAAGAGAAUCCCCCACUGUGUGGUGUCAUCCGUUGGGUGGGUCUGCCUCCUGGCCUGCUGGAGCCUUUGGCUGGGCUGGAGCUGGAAGAAGAGUGUCCUGGUUGCACUGACGGCACCUUCAAAGGUACGCGGUACUUCACCUGCCCUCCCAAAAAAGCCCUGUUUGUGAAGCUCAAGUGCUGCCGGCCCGACUCCCGCUUCCCAUCCCUGCACCACUCCUCCAACCCUAUAGAGCGUUGUAACUCCAUUGCAUUUGGGGGAUACCUGAGUGAGGUAGUACAUGAGAACACUCCUCCCCGAACGGAAAAUGAUGGUCUGGAUGUCAUGGUGGGAAAAAAGAAAGGCAUCCAGGGCCACUACAACUCCUGCUACCUUGAUUCAACCCUCUUCUGUCUUUUCUCCUUCAGCUCAGUACUGGACACGGUUCUGCUGAGACCACGCUCAAAGACUGACGUGGAGUAUUACAGAGAGACCCAAGAGCUAUUACGCACAGAGAUAGUCAAUCCCUUGCGCAUACACGGGUAUGUGUGUGCCACUAAAGUGAUGAAGCUAAGAAGGAUCCUGGAGAAAGUAGAAGCUGCCUCUGGGUUUACUUCUGAAGAAAAAGAUCCUGAGGAGUUCCUCAAUAUCCUUUUCCAUCACAUACUGAGGGUGGACCCAUUGCUCAAACUAAGGUCAGCAGGACAGAAGGUCCAGGACUGUUACUUUUACCAGAUUUUCAUGGACAAGAAAGACAAGGUUGGAGUUCCCACCAUCCAGCAGCUCCUGGAGUGGUCCUUCAUCAACAGUGACUUAAAGUUUGCAGAGGCUCCCUCCUGCCUUAUCAUCCAGAUGCCCCGCUUUGGAAAGGACUUCAAAAUGUUCAACAAGAUUUUCCCCUCGCUAGAGUUAGACAUCACAGACCUCCUUGAAGACACUCCCAGGGAAUGUCGAAUCUGUGGUGGCCUGGCUCUUUACGAGUGCCGAGACUGUUAUGAGGACGGGGAUAUCACCGCUGGCAAGAUCAAACAGUUCUGUGAAAAGUGCAAUACACAGGUUCACCUCCACCCAAGACGAAAAACCCAUCGGCACGGCAAACUGUCCGUCCCCAAGGAGCUACAAGAAGGUACGGGGCGGCAGGGCAGUUUUCCCCGCCAGAGGAUGGAGCUGUUUGCUGUGCUGUGCAUCGAGACCAGUCACUACGUGGCCUUCGUCAAGUACGGCAGCGCAGAUUCUGCCUGGCUCUUCUUUGACAGCAUGGCUGACCGUGAUGGAGGGCAGAACGGUUUCAACAUCCCCCAGGUGUCUCCCUGUCCAGAAGUGGAGGCCUACCUGAAAAUGACCCCAGAGGAGCUACACGCCCUAGACCCCAAGAGCAUCCAAGGCCAGGCCCGACGGCUGCUGUGCGACGCCUACAUGUGCAUGUACCAGAGCCCUACCAUGAGCCUCUACAAGUAGAAUCCUCUCUCCUACCCCAGCCCUUCCCCCAAGCCCUUCGGCCACUCCACCUACCCCUCCCUCAGGGAAGGAGAUUCCCAGAAAGACCAAAAAUGAAAAAUAAACUAAAAGAAGAAAGGCUGCCUGCAAGCAGGGUGACCAGUUAACCCUCUCUACCCCACCUCUCCUCAAUGCCUCUUCAUCUCGAAAGGUUGUGAUGGAAGAGAGGGGGAGGAGCCUAUUUGCACUGUGCAUUAGUUGAAGUGUUGUGUUCUUCAUGUAGUCCUAUGUAGCUUCCCUGUGUGUGACAGCUGAGCAUUGGUGGUGGAUGAUGAAGCAAAGGUAGGCCUUAUGAAGAUAAACUCCCUUCUCAGGGAGAACGGAGGAGGAGGUGGGUGGGAGGGCAUGUUCGUGUCUGAACUGACAAAACACGUGCAACAAAAACAAGAAGAGCUAGUGGGAUGACCCUUGGCCACCUCAUUUACCUUAAGAAAAGAGGAGUCCUGCUAUUCUUAAUCACUGUAAAAGAUGGGAGCUUUCCAUAACGCCACAUUAAGGAAGCAAUGCAGUGCGCAAAUCCUCAUCCAACCUGUGUGUACUGUUCUAAAAACUUGUGUAAAAUCUCUUAGUAGCAUAGAGUUCUCCAGGUAGUAACAUCAACAGUAUAGAUGUCGAACCUACUGUGCAGUUGCAUUAAGACCAGAGCAUUCUGCUCUUUGUGAACCGGUUUGCAUAUUUUCCCAUCACACUGUGUAAAUGUCUUUACAGUAUAUGUUUUGCAGAAACAGAUGUAGCCAUUGUAAAAGUCUCACGUUUUACUGCAUACUCGCUCAACCAAUGCUGCACUUUUGCUCUAUCCCCAAGCGGACCUAUCAGGAAACAUUUAGGUUUUGCUUAUUUCCCCCCCCCCUCUCCCAUUGAAAGUCACAGCGAGUGCUAAUUUGUUGGUUGGGAGACAUCAGAGUUUUGUGUUACAGAAUACAAAUUUGCCUCUCCUCUGUAGCUGUAAAGAAUGGUCUGCAUUGCUAAUGCAGAGUAGAUGCCAGAUAAAUGCAUGAAGGGAGACUUGUACAAUGGCUCCUGUUGUAAAGCUGGUCGGUGGAGCACUCCAUGCAUUCAUAGGGUCAAUGAGGUGAAAUACUGGAAAAGUCUGGCAGUUUUUUCUUUAAAGUAAGAAUGCGAUGUGAAGAAUUUCACAUGGAGUGUUUGUUAGUCUCUGACUCAUUGUGUUGAUGACUAAAUCUAAAUUAUAUUUUAUGUUUACGAAGCCUUCUCUCUGCCUGUCAUGGCGGGUCUGAUUUCCUUAUGGGUGAAGAGGAGCAAGUAUUGAUUCUCGCUGCCUUUCAUGAAGAUGUGACAUGCGACGUUCCCAGCCGUGCACCAGAUAACAAAACAAUUGUGAUCAAAUAUUAUUAUUUAUUAUAUUCUAAUCAUAUUAGAAACUCAUAUGUUGUCCCUUUAUAAAAAAAGAAAAGAAAAUUAAAUAAGGUUGUUUGAAGUGAAUUAUUGUAGUUUACGCUGUCUCAAAGCAACUACUGAAUGUUAAUAGUGACACGUUGAACAGUGUAGAGUUAACAGUGGAUGGGCAAUGAAGAGGCACAAGGCUGGUAACCUUGAGGCACAGUGUAUAUGUAUUAAAUUAAAAAUAAAAAACUUUAUCCUUGAUUUACAUGUAUUCCAGUUUGAAGGGAUACCAUAAGUAUACCAAUCAUACCCUGGAUUGAGAUAUAAAUUAUAUGUUGGUUUUUAUAUAUGUAUACGUAACACGGAAUUGGAUAAAGAUAACAAACUACAGAUGUUGGCAUCAGCAUUAUAUAUAUAUUUUCCUAAAUCGCAACUUAAUCAUGGAUUUAGUUGUGAGUAUAAUAUUUGUGUGUACGGGCGUUUUAUAAAUUUGGUUCCCGCUGACAACUUCCGUUUUGCUCCGUGGUUGCUUCCACUGUCCCAGGGAUUCUGACAGCGGACCGCCCCAUGUGAACUUUUUCUGCACUGCUGAAGCUUGUCACUGACUGGAGCGCAUUCUCUAUGAGAGAAGUCUCAGAACCAGAGGAUGGGAUUUUGAUUUUUCUGUUGCAUCUGUACAGUAUAGACAUAUGUAACGGGUGGAAAUUAAUGUCAGUGAUGUUCCUGUAAAUGUUAACAAAAUAAAGCCCAUUUUGA